CAGACAGACCCAACCGAAGACAUCACAUCUUCUGAACCACACACCAGACCCCAGUCGUCGGACUCUCUCAUCCAAAGACUAUCUCGGCGUGUUGACCUCACUCCAAUCAUCCGCCCCCCCUCACCCCCGAUCCUCAAUCUACGCUCUCGGGCCCAUUCAGCCAGCGCUUCCAAAAGUUUGCUCUCAACCAUCCUUGACCCCCAAUCGUCUAACCAUGCUCGGAUCCUCUUGCCGUUUUAUUUAACCUUUGUGGCUUUUCCCAAGCCGCCCUGCCCUCCCUGACCUGGACCUACCUUGUCGAUCACGGUAGCUACACUGCCCAAGUACCCCCCUUUUUCUCUAAAAGUAGGCAACAAUACUAGCCUUGCAAGCCACCACGAUAGCUCCCGAUAUAUUUGGCGUGUCUUUCUCCCGCUGCUUGUUUUCCCAUCGGCCUCUCCGAAAACGGUUGAAUCCCUCGACUCUAACCUUUGUCGACGUUGCCCUUAUGCAUACAAAGCCACCACUACUGCCACACUUACGUUGCAAAGUUAUAUCUCCUCCCCGCUGCGAGUUUCGCUUCACCUUUACUUCUUCCAAGAUUAUACCAAGUCUCAGCAUUCCAACCUCCGCAGACCCAGUACACCAAUCGGGGACAAUCCUUAGCUACCUAGGUGUAAUCUCGGCAUGUUCUUCCGAUAAGAACAUCUUAACUACCUUGACGACUGCGCCCAUCAACACUUCGACGCCAAACGCGCUCGUCUGUUUUCUCCCAUUGACUCGAAAGUGUGUCAACACACCUUGAGCAUCACCGGCGUUGACAAUGUCCACACCCAGUAGCCCUGGCUUGGAUGCUGUACGUGAUCGCUUCCGUAUUUUUUGGUCCCGAGACACCAAUACGGCAAUGGCUCGAUACAGAGACUCCUCGGAAGAAACAGAUACCGCCAGUGACGUGGACCCCGAAGUGCCGCCAACUCCAGCCGAAAGCUACACUUCCGAGGACGGGUUACUGCCUCCCGCUUAUAUGAUUCCGAAGCCAUGGACAAAAAAGCGUUCCUUGUUCAUGUGCGGGGCUGUUUGGUUGUCCAUGCUAUUGAUAUUCGUUCUCUUGAACUUACUUCUGUUCGUGGCCCGCGAAGUUUGGGACGCCGCGUCCGACGAGUUCGAAGAAGCGAGCGUCGUCGAACCCAUCCCUUGUCACUCUCACAACGACUACUGGAGGAAACGGCCGAUCUACGACGCUCUCCAAGUAGGCUGCAUUGGCAUCGAGGCUGAUGUGUGGCUAUACGGCACCGAGUUGUAUGUUGGCCACAACAAGUGGUCCCUUCGCGAGAAGAAGACAUUUACCAAUCUUUACGUCGAUCCCCUCGUUCGUCUACUGGAGGAACGUAAUGUGGACCUUGAAAACUCCACCCAACAGUCGCCUCGAGGUGUUUACGAGGCAAGCCCGGAACAGACAAUGGUACUUCUUGUGGACCUGAAAACAGGUGGACCUGAAACCUGGCCACAAGUAGUGCGCCAGCUGGAGCCCUUACGCGAGCGAGGAUGGCUUAGUAAGGUCGUCGAUGGCAAGGUUCACUACGGACCCAUUACCGUCGUCGGUACUGGCAACACCCCUUUCGACCUGAUCGCCGAGGAUCCGAUUUAUAGAGAUACCUUCUUCGAUGCGCCUCUUCUCAAACUCGACGGCCAUAACUUUAACCCCACCAACUCAUACUAUACCAGUGUUUCGUUCAAGAAGGCGAUUGGUACUGUAUGGUUUGGGGACCUGUCGGAAGCCCAGAUGACGAAGCUGAAAGCCCAGGUCAAAGAAGCUCACUCUCGCGGCUUGAAGGUUCGAUACUGGGAUCUUCCCGCGUGGCCUAUCAGCAUCAGAAACCAUAUUUGGGGUGUUCUCAUCAGGGAAGGCGUCGACAUCUUGAACGUGGAUGAUCUCAAGGGUGCCAAGAAAGAGUGGGAUCUUCGGGGAUGGCCAAGACUCACGACCAGCUUGACAGUACCUGCCUGAUGGACCCUCGCCUAAAAAUACAACAUAUCGUCCUCGCUUGGGUAGCCGGCACCGACACAAAGGAUUUAUCCUCUAUCAAGGCUUAUCUUCCGGGCCGGAACCAGUACUGCUCGUUAGGGCCUCCUCAUAUAAAAGUUGGGUCUGGGGGUGACAGCUUGCUCCUGCACAAAACCCUGUUCCGGACGCUCGAUGCACGCCAUGUGUAUGAGUGAACGGUUAGCGUAUCGGCACACAAUUAGCAGUCGUCUGCAUAGAGAGUGUCGCAGGGCACAGCCGUCCAAUGGUGCCACGCUGCCGAGACACUGGCUACGAAUUAGAACAACGAUGAGCCAAUUUACGACUUCUAUUGACAGACUGGUUGUACGGUCAUCAAAAAGGUUGCCGUGUCAUACAAAAAUCUCCAUUGUCGCUCAGAGGCGGAGAAAACCAGUUAUCAAACAAGUCUUGGUGCUUAAGGGAGGCAGAUGGCAUCAGAGCCCAACAUGGGAGAUGCCACCAAGUGUGUGUAGAUUACCUAGAGCACAGUAUCUACUGGCAGUAGAAACGGCGCGAGCUCCGAAAAGGGAGCCGGGCCAGGCCAGCAGCCCCGGUUCUGCCGGACUCUACCGGGUCCGGCCCCGGCCUAGCUUCGGAUGUGUGUACCAACCGGGCCGCUUCAGCUUAGGCGAGCGUGUCCGAGGUCCGCCGUAA